AUGGAUAGCUUUCUAUCAAACGUGCUGGCCCCGAAGCUCGAGGUAGGCCAAGAGGCUCUGUUCGACGCCCUGAGAGCUCGAGACUCCAAGCGUGCAACAAGAAUUAUCAAGAGGGUUUCGAGAGAGAGCUAUGCCCGGCGGGGCGGCGGCAGCACCUCGGGGCAAAGGGUGGCGGAGGCAGACCUGAACGCGACCGACCGCCGCGGCCUGCGGCCGAUCCACCUCGCGGCCAUGAGCGGCAUGUCGGAGAGCGUGGCCGCGCUGCUGAACGCCGGCGUGCCCGUGGACACCAUGGGCGCGGAGGCCAACACCGCGCUGCACUUGGCGGCGUACCACGGGCAGGAAGGUGUUAUCGCCGUGCUGAUGCGAGCGGGUGCGAGUCCCACGCUGGAGAACAUGAAGGGGAGCACGCCUGUAAUGCUCGCCAAAACCGAUACGGCGUUGACGCUGCUGUGCCCCCUGCACUACUGCGCCGCGAGGGGCAUGCUGGACAACCUUGUGGCGGAGGUAGCUAAGGGGAGGUCCGUGAACACCGUCGGCAGCGGCGGCGACACCCCCCUCCACGCCGCCGCUACCACCGGAAACACGGACUCGACCCGCCUGCUGCUGGAUCGGGGAGCGGACCCGCUCCGAAGAAACGCCGACGGGGAAACCCCGCUGGACGUCGCUCGACGGUACGGGCACGGCACCGGCGGCGGACGGGUAGCGGGGGGCGUCGUCGGCGUGUUGGAAGGCGUUACCGCGGAGGCGGAGGCGGCGAUAGCAAAGAGGGAGGCAGAAGAAGCUGCCGCCAGGUCGGCGAACGGGGGGUAUAGCGAGGGAGAAUCCGUGGUGUACAUGCGCAACGGAGAGGCCCACCCGGCGAUUGUCAUGAAGGUCCACCAGGACGACGAAGAGCCUUACUAUACCGUGCGGGUCCACGAGACUGGAAGGGAGAGGCAAACGGACGCUAACCACCUCGUGCGGAGCCUGCCCAAGGAGACGCCUCCGGGGGUAGGAGAACCCUCUCCCGACGGGUCAUCGCCGCCGCCGCCGCCGCCGUGUCGUCCGGACGGCGAUGGAGCACGAGAAGGAUGCAUGGAUGUGCACCUGCAAAUUAUAGCGCUUGAUGUGGCGUGUCACGUGAGCGUCGUGCAGGGCAAGCGCGUUCUGCCUGCGCUCCCUUGUUCCCAGCCACGUCGGAGCUUGCGGUCUCAGCAUGAAAAGGAUUGGCUUCCGGUGUAG